AUUAUUACAAACAAUAGAAAAACUAAUUUUCGCAAGUUACUCCGUUGAGCUUACAGUCCUAAGACUCUUCCUUUCAUGGAUCCAGUUCCGGUGAAUGUGUAGCUUGCAAGAUGACUUGUAAGCGGAGAAAUAGUGGACGUUCCAAACAUGGCCGUGGUCAUGUUAAACCUGUGCGCUGCACUAAUUGCGCACGGUGUGUGCCUAAGGAUAAAGCCAUCAAGAAGUUCGUAAUCAGGAACAUUGUCGAAGCUGCGGCCGUUCGUGAUAUUACUGAAGCUAGCGUAUAUUCAACUUACAUGUUGCCAAAAUUGUACGCGAAGCUGCAUUACUGCGUGUCCUGUGCCAUCCACUCGAAGGUUGUACGUAACAGGUCAAAGGCUGCCAGGCGUAACCGUAUUCCUCCGCAGCGCACAUUCCCAAGGGACAUGAUGCGGCAGGGUGGUCAACAGCAAAGGAAGUAAAAAUAUUGUAUUUCGAUUUUGAAUUGCAUAUUAAUAAAACAAUGGUAAAAUGAUAUCUCGUUUUUAAUUAACUUUUCCAACUCUGACGUAAGGAGAUCACAGGCCAAUGUGAUUAUCAACUGAACAAAUUUGAAGUAUUGCACGAG